AUGGCGCCCCAGGCCAUUCGCAACAUAUGGCCCCGGGCGUGGCACACGCGGCUGCCCCUGUCGCACCCCGAGGUCAGGACCUACCGGAUCAAGUUCCUCAAGGCGGCGGGACUCAACUUUGUGCUCAUCGUGGUGCUCUUCUUCAGCCUGUUCUGCUACCUCUUCGGGUCGCUGUACCAGCAGGAGACCCGCGUCCACAGCCUUACCGUGCUGUGGGUGGACUACGAUGGUGGCAUCAUUGGUGACGCCGUGCGACAGGCCUAUGCGUCUUUGAAGUCGAGCGGCUUCCCGACUCUGAUAGAAAAGGCCGUCGCCGACUAUCCCACGACGGGAGCGCUGAGAGAAGCCGUCUGCAACACCGACUACUGGGCCGCUCUGUAUACGACACAGGGAGCGUCGACGGCGCUGGCCGAUGCCAUCUCGGGCGCCAGCUCUUCGCCUUACAAUGCGUCCAACGUGCUCUCGUUCAUCUGGAACGAGGUGCGGUAUCCGACCGUCAUGGACGGCCUCAUCGCCGGCAACCUCCAGACGCUCUCCGAGGCCGCCCGCGUCGCGUACUAUUCACUCAACGGCACGGCUGCGCUCGCGAGCAUCCCGCCCAACGACGGCGCAGCGAUGGCCGCCUUUACGACCCCGUGGACGCUCACCUCGUACAACAUCAAGCGCACGACGCAGGGCCCGCGCGCCGUGUACAACACCAUCGUCAUCGUGCUGGUGCUGAUCCAGGACUUCUUCUACCUGGCCAUCAUCAACGGGCUGUACGUGCAGUUCAAGAUCUACACGCGCAUCUCGCCGGGGCGCAUCGUGCUGGUGCGCGACGCCAUCUCGACCGUCUUCACCAUGACGGGGUCGCUGCUGCUGACGUGCGCCAUCUGGGCGUUCCGCACCAGCUGGGACGUGUCCGGGACGCAGUUUGCGCUCACCUGGCUCGUCAUGUGGCUGUUCGCGCACGUCAACUUCCUGACGCUCGACGUCUUCACCAUCUGGAUCCCGCCGCAGUACAUCUCCAUGGCGCUCAUCAGCUGGGUCGUCCUCAACGUCACGUCCAUCAUCCUGCCGUUCGACCUGUCGUCGCCGUUUUACCGCUGGGCGUACGCGCUGCCCGCGCACGAGGCCUACGAGGCGCUCACGGACGUGUGGUCGGGCGGCUGCAACCCGCACCUGCACUACGCGCUGCCGAUCCUGUUCGCCUACGAGGUGAGCGGGCUGUUCUGGACGACGCUCGGCGUGUUUCGGCGGUGCCACUAUGCGGCUCUGACGGAGGAGUCGGCGCAGGAGGCGAUGCGUCUGCGCGUCGAGGCGGCGCUGGCGCUGGAGCGCGAGCACGACCGGCGCGUCGCCUGCGAAAAGCCCUUGCACGGGGAAGGUGCCGAGGCGGGAGAGCCGUCGGAGGCGGGACACGGAGCGGCUGGCGGCGAUGUCGGCAAGGUCGGCACGCGCGAGACGGACGAGGCGGACAGGGCAGAGGCCGAGCACGAGAUGGAGGAGCUCGGCGAGGAGAUUGAGCGCAUGGAGACGCGGGCGACGAGGCUGGCCAACUUUGGGCCGCGAUUCCGCCUCGUCGGCACGCACGAGGAUUGA